AUGGCAUGCAAUUUGACUCAUCUUCCAGCCUCCACGGGGAGCCUUUCCACCUCUCUUAGAAAAUUUUACGCCAGCAAUUGCAAAAUCAAAGGGCGAAUUCCAAAUGAAGUUUGGAACUUAAGCAGCUUCUUAGAUCUUCAUCUUUCGGGAAAUAACUUGGUCGGAGCGAUUCCUACGUCAAUUGGAAACUUGAAAGGCUUUCAGCGGUUCAACUUGAGUAACAACAAACUUACAGGAUUUAUUGGUGAUCACAUAUGUAAAUUGCAGCAUUUGGGUGAUAUUUACUUAGGUCAAAAUCAACUUUCAGGAUCUCUUCCUAAUUGUUUAGGGAAUAUUACUUCCUUUAGGGAGAUACAUCUGGGUUCCAAUAAAUUGAGUUCCAAUAUACCACCAAGCUUAGGGAACCUGCACGAUCUAGUGGUUCUUGACUUAUCCUCAAACAACAUGGUAGGUUCUUUACCUCCAGAAAUUGGAAAUCUAAAGGCUGUAACAAAGAUGGAUCUAUCGAUGAAUCAAUUUUCAAAUAGAAUUCCAAGAGAAAUUGGAGGAUUGCAAAAUCUGGCACACCUUUCUUUGAGACACAACAAGUUGCAAGGUGCUAUACCUGACUCAGUGAGCAACAUAGUAGGUUUGGAAUUUCUAGACGUUUCUCACAAUAAUAUAUCGGGAAUCAUUCCCAUGUCUUUGGAGAAACUUCAAUACCUCAAGUAUUUCAACGUUUCAGACAACCAAUUGUACGGUGAAAUACCCUCGGGUGGGCCUUUCAAGAACCUCUCGAGUCAGUUUUUCAUCUCCAAUGAAGCAUUGUGUGGUUCUUCAAGAUUUAGUGUCCCGCCAUGCCCCACUUCAUCAAAGCACAGAUCAAAUAGGAAAAAAUUGCUAGUUCUUUUUCUUUUACUUGCAAUUGCAGUUGUUUUUGUUCCUACAACCUUUGUGCUCCUAUGUAUAAGGUAUAUAAGAAGUAAGAGAGCUCCUCCACAAGCUGAGUCAUUGUGUACCAUAACAAGAGAAAGAAUUUCAUACUAUGAAUUGAUCCAAGCAACUGAUGCGCUUAGCGAGAGUAAUCUGAUUGGUGCUGUAAGUUUCGGCUCUGUUUACAAAGGUGUUCUCAGAAGUGGAACUGUCAUUGCAGUUAAAGUGUUCAAUCUGCAACUAGAUGCGGCAUUCAAGAGCUUUGAUACGGAAUGUGAAGUUCAGCGCAGCCUUCGCCAUAGGAAUCUCGUAAAAGUCAUUAUUAGUUGUUCGAAUCAUGAUUUUAAGGCUUUAGUUCUCAAGUAUAUGCAUAAUGGAAGUCUUGCGAAGUAUUUGUUUUCUCAUAACUACUUCCUAGACAUCAGACAGAGGCUAAGCAUAAUGAUAGAUGUGGCAUGUGCUUUGGAAUAUCUACACUAUGGGUGCUCGUCGCCUGUGAUCUACUGUGAUCUGAAGCCUAGUAAUGUCUUGCUGGACCAGGAUAUGGUUGCCCACCUAAGCGACUUUGGCAUUUCAAAACUGCUUGGUGAAGAUGAGAGUGAUUUAUACAAUAAAACCUUAGCAACAUUGGGUUAUAUCGCGCCAGAGUAUGGACAAGAUGGAUUGGUGUCUACUAAAUGUGAUAUCUAUAGUUAUGGGAUCAUGUUGCUGGAAACUUUUACCAGGAGAAAGCCUACCGAGUUUGAGGGAGAUAUUAGCUUGAAGCACUGGGUGAGUUAUUCACUUCCCGAUGCAGUAAUAGAUGCUGCAGAUGCCAACUUGGUUCCACGUACAGAUAAUCACUUAUUGAAGAAGUUGGAUUGUGUGGCAUCAAUCAUGAAUGUCGCAAUAGAUUUCUGUGCUGAAUCUCCAGCAAGACAAAUAUGA